AUGACAUUUCAAAGGCAAAUCGGGCUUUUGCAACAGUUACAGAGUUUUUAUCCUUCUGCUUUGACGUACAGUACUGCACAAUGUCUCAUUGUUGAAUUGAUCCUACAAUCACCUCUUACAACUACAAUUGCUUUAUUAAAUCCAGAACAAACGAGUGCUAAGGAAUGGAGUUAUCUCUGUUCCUUGACCGACUGCUUUUCGUGUAUUUUAUGCUCACAAAGGUCCAUUCCUUCAGAAUUACAUCUUGUAGCACAGAAAGUAUUUGCUUCCACACUUCUUCCAAAGCUGAAGGUAUGGAUAGAGUACUAUAGCUCUCAGUUUGUAUCACAUUGCGUUUCUACACCCGUCAAUUUACACGACUUUCCUUUUGUAUUAUUCUUCCAAUCUCCUCUGGGUGUUCAGUUGUUUUUUCGUUCGUGGGAAACAGAUCAAGAGUCUUCAAGAGAAUUACUUUUCUCCAAAUUUCUAUCAGUUUGCUCGUCCUCUGCUGCAUUUGAGCUUGCUCGGCUUUGCCAAAACCAUGACAGUCGAUCCAAAACAGUACGGUUGCUUUGCCGCUCUUCCUCAUUAAAGAAAUCGUUCCUGCUUUCAGAAUUCUAUGAACAGUUGAGUGCCAUCAUACUUCAAGAAAAUCCAGAUAACCUUGUCUACGGUCUUGUAAAAGAAUGUUUAUUACUGACCAGUGCACACGAGUUAGUCCGACUUUCGCUCAAGAGAAUGAACUCAUUAUUCCUUUUAUGUCUUCCAGGACAUCCAGAAGUUGUAAACAAAGAUUUUUGUCUUGUUUGGACUGAACUAGCUGAGAGAUACUGCUGUCAAGAAGAUUGGCUUUAUCUGUUAAAUAUCAUUUGCAACUUUAAGUCUUGCAGAGAAGUCAUACAUAAAGAAUGCGCUGAAUUUAUAGAGGAACAAAUUCAUUUAAGAGCAGCUAAGAUGGUUGGUAUUAAACUAGCUAUUCAAUAUAACCCUAAAAGCAUAGUACCUCGGGUUCAAGAUCUUCUUGAAUGUGGAGUCUGUGAUUCACUUCUCUUAGAAACAUUGCGACUCACGACUACUAUUGGCUCCAUAAAAAAGUUAGUUGUGGAUUAUCCGAAGGUUUUACGGCAACUGAUAGAUGGCUUGGAUACAAACUCAUCCUUAACUGAAGUUAAUUCUUCUGCGGUUAUACUCUAUAAUCUUUGUAAAUUCAAAGUUCAAAAAGCUGAAAAUGAGCAAGAAUUGCAACGGUUGCGUACUAUGGCUGAAGCAGAUUCAUCGUACACUGCUUCCCCUGAGGAUGAGCAAAUACCAACUGAAAAGAGGAUACAAGCAAUUAUUAGUCUUCAAAUUUUACAGAAAUUGUACUCAUUGUCUCAUACCCAUCUCUCUUUGAAUGAGUUAAUCUCCAAAAUUUUAGUACAUAUUGCUAGUGUCCGAAACAGUCGGCCUGAACUUGUGCAGUAUGGUGCUGUCAAAUUUUUGACUAAACCUUACUUUACGGAAAGGUUUAAUUUUAAUGCCGCUCAUGCUUUAGCAAAGAUUCUCAUCAGCACAGCACCUCAAAGCGUAUUUACUGGCUCUUUACCUUCUAAUCGAGCGAUUGAUCCUAUUUGCAAACUACUGCAAAUUAGCGAAGAAAGGAUUAACGAAUAUCCUAUUUUAUUAGCAAAGUUUGAAUCUUUAUUAGCACUAACAAAUUUAGCAUCCAUGGAUGAAAAUAGUCGUCAAGCUAUUAUUUUGAAAUCAUGGGCAGCCAUCGAUGACUUGCUUAUAAGCAACCAUGAAUUAGUCCAAAGAGCAACAGUAGAACUUGUUAAUAAUUUGUCCCUUUCUCCAUAUUGCUUAAUUAAGUUUAUUGGCGAGAACAAUUCCGGGCCCGAAGCUACACGUCUAAAAAUCCUUAUGGCAUUAAGUGAUGCUGACGAUGAAGCGACAAAGUUGGCGGCAUGUGGAUCUUUGGUGCAAAUAUGCAGUUGCGAAGCAGGAUGUAAAGCUAUACUGGACAUUUACUCGAACUUUGAGUUUGUUAUUCGGAUGUUGACGGAUGAAAACAUUGGGGUCCAACAUCGUGCACUAGUGUGUAUAUGUAAUUUUGUUUUCUCUGACAAUGAAGCAAUCCUUGCAGCAUUCCAUAAAACUCCGGAAGCCCUGUUCACAUUACGUAUGUAUAAAUCUACUCAAAGAGAACUAUUGACAUUGAAGGAAGAAGCACUUUUGAGGAUCAAAAGUUUAACGAAAACGUGA